GCUUCAGUAUUCUAAUGUCGACUUUCGUUGUUAAUGUUUGGUCGCUGAUGAAUGACGAUGAUCUUUUUAAAACAGAGUAAUUGUUCUGUUUUCUUUAAAUAUAUCAUUUCAAAAGUAACAUCAAUGAGGACUUUGGCUUUGGGACAGCUGAGGAGUUGGGACUUUGGAAUUUGGAUUCUACUCACAAUGUCCGGUUCUUCAGGAAUAUGUAUAGAAUUGUAGAAAUUGACUGCUGGUUUAAGGGAAUUUUAGGAGGAGAAAGCAUUCUCAUGUGUCCUACUCUUUUAUUAUAGGCACGUGACUGGUAGUAGACCUGGCCACGUUCCCGUUCCGGCCGGGAACUCUGGUUUAGCCAGCCACACUGCUUGGACCUUUCUUGGGUUUGAAAUGUUUCCAUUCAAAAUGCCUUCAGUUCAUAAUGAUUAUGGAUCGAAAUGGUUUCAGUUCAAUCCGGUUUCAAUCUGGCCCAUAGUUCUUUUAUUUAUUUAGUUUCUAUUGUAAAAUAAUUAAAGCAUUCAAAUAUAAACCCAAUAUGAUUUUUAUUUUUAAAAAAAAAAGAAAAUAAAAUUUUGAAUAAUGCCAGUUGUGGUUCUGGUUCAAGGAAGGGGAUAGUAACUGGCCCCCUAUACCCCAGUUCAUGAACCAGAACCUGGCCGGUUGAUAUGCAUUAGAAUUGUAGAAAUUGAUUACUGGUUUUAGGAGAUUUUGCUAAUUUAAUUUGAGAUAUUUAGGACUUAGAAAACAGGAGAAAGCAUUUUCAUACGUCCAACUCUAUUAUUAUAGAUACGCGACUGGAAGGAUGAGAAUUAUGCUAUUGAAGGGGAAUGCAGCAGCCAUUUGUAAUUUGACCACACUAGAUCAAGAUGUGGCCUGAUCUGAUUUCAAAGAGCAAGGAAGGUGGGGUAGAUGUUAUUCAAACUUAUGUUUUUUGGAAUGGGCAUGAGCCAAUUAGAGGACAGUAUUUCUUUGAAGGAAGAUAUGAUAUUGUUAAGUUUGUGAAGCUAGUGGGAGCUAAUGGACUCUAUCUUCAUCUUCGCAUAGGUCCUUAUGUUUGCGCUGAAUGGAAUUUUGGGGGCUUCCCAGUGUGGUUGCGUGAUAUCCCUGGCAUAGUAUUUCGAACAGAUAAUGCUCCUUUUAAGGAGGAGAUGCAGCGGUUUGUUAAAAGGAUUGUGGAUCUAAUGCGAGAGGAAAUGCUAUUCUCUUGGCAGGGUGGUCCAAUCAUCAUGUUGCAGAUUGAAAAUGAGUAUGGAGACAUCGAACACUCAUUUGGGCCAGGGGGAAAGGAAUAUGUUAAGUGGGCUGCCAGGAUGGCUUUAGGGCUCGGAGCUGGGGUUCCAUGGGUAAUGUGCAGGCAAACUGAUGCUCCUGAAAACAUUAUAGAUGCAUGCAAUGCAUAUUAUUGUGAUGGUUUUAAGCCAAAUUCCCAAAAGAAACCAAUGCUUUGGACAGAGGAUUGGGAUGGAUGGUUUGCAACUUGGGGUGGAAGUUUGCCUCAUAGGCCGGUUGAAGACCUUGCCUUUGCAGUUGCACGCUUUUUUGAACGUGGAGGGAGCUUCCAAAAUUAUUAUAUGUAUUUUGGUGGAACAAACUUUGGUCGGACUGCUGGAGGCCCAUUCUACAUAACCAGUUAUGAUUAUGAUGCUCCAAUUGAUGAAUAUGGUCUGCUAAGUGAGCCCAAGUGGGGGCAUUUGAAAGAUCUGCAUGCUACUAUAAAGCUUUGUGAACCAGCUCUAGUUGCUGCAGAUUCACCUCAGUACAUAAAAUUGGGAUCCAAGCAAGAGGCACAUGUGUACCGUAUAGAUUCUCACACUGACGGCCUGAACUCAACUUGGCAUGAAAGUCAAAGUGGGUGCUCGGCAUUUCUUGCAAAUAUUGAUGAAUGCAAAGCAGCUACUCUGAGAUUCCUUGGUCAAUCAUAUACUUUACCACCAUGGUCAGUGAGUAUAUUACCAGACUGCAGGAAUGCUGUGUUCAACACUGCCAAGGUUACAGCACAAACUUCUAUCAAAUCUGUAGAGCUUGCUUUGUCUUAUCUUUCAAAUGUUUCUUCACUUCAGCAAUUCAUGGCUCAGAAUGAAGGUUCUAAUAUGCAAACAUCCUGGGUGACAAUAAAAGAGCCAAUUAGUGUUUGGAGUGAGAACAAUUUUACAGUUGAAGGCAUAUUGGAGCAUUUGAAUGUAACAAAGGAUCAAUCUGACUAUCUUUGGUAUUUCACCAGAAUAUAUGUUUCUGAUGAGGACAUUGCGUUUUGGGAGGAAAACAAAGUUAGACCUGCAGUUACAAUAGAUAGCAUACGUGAUGUGUUCCGUGUAUUUAUUAACGGUCAGCUUGCAGGCAGUGUGAUUGGUCGGUGGGAUAAGGUGAUGCAGCCAGUUCAGUUUCAGAAGGGAUACAAUGACUUGGUGUUGUUGUCUCAAACAGUGGGUUUGCAGAAUUAUGGUGCCUUCUUAGAAAGAGAAGGAGCAGGUUUUAAAGGCCAAACUAAGCUUACCGGAUUUAAGGAUGGGGAUAUAGACCUCUCGAACUUGUUAUGGACCUACCAGGUGGGACUUCAGGGUGAGUAUCUUAAAAUAUACGGCCAGGGAAAUAAUGAAAUGGUAGAAUGGACUGAUUUGACGCAUGAUGACAUUCCAUCAACAUUUACAUGGUACAAGACUUACUUUGAUGCACCGGCUGGGGCUGACCCAGUUGCUCUUGAUUUGGGAAGCAUGGGAAAGGGUCAGGCAUGGGUCAAUGGCCACCAUAUAGGAAGAUACUGGACACUGGUUGCUCCUGAAGAUGGAUGCCAAAGAAAUUGUGAUUAUCGGGGAGCCUACAGUUCUGGAAAAUGUACGACAAAUUGUGGGAAGCCUACACAAACCUGGUACCACAUCCCACGGUCAUGGUUGCAGGAAUCACAUAAUUUGCUUGUCAUCUUUGAGGAGACAGGAGGAAAUCCACUUGAUAUUUCAGUAAAGUUGCGUUCAGCCCAUGUGAUAUGUGCUCAUGUGUCAGAAAACCACUAUCCACCUCUUCAGAAGUGGGUCCGUUCAGAUUUUAUUGAUGGAAAAAUUUCAGUGAAAGAUAUGACACCGGAAAUGCAGUUACAGUGUCAAGAUGGACAUAUAAUUUCCUCCAUAGAGUUUGCUAGCUAUGGAACUCCUCAAGGGAGCUGUCAAAAGUUUUCUAGAGGCAAUUGCCAUGCGCUCAAUUCAUUGUCUGUUGUGGCUAAGGCUUGUCAAGGAACAAACAAAUGCAAUGUCGCAAUUUCAAAUGCUGUAUUUGGAGGUGACCCUUGCCGUGGCAUUGUUAAAACGUUGGCUGUUGAGGCAAGGUGCGUCUCAUCAACAAAAGUUGGUUUCUCUCAGUAUUGACAUCACAAGCAACCAGUGCAGUUGAUUAUGCUAAAGCAUACUACAUGGCAGAAUCGCAUUUGAUGAUGGCAUCAGCUCCUGUCCAUAUUUUCAAGUCAAUUGAUGAGACGUGUUUUCAUCCUGCUACAAUAUAGUAUUCUCCAAGUUUGGAGGCUUGUAUGGGUGUUGGAAAUAAAACUCGUAUCUGUAAUAUAUUCCAGAAAAUUAACAAGCCAGCCAUUGAUUGAUAUAUGAUUCACGCCACAUCACAAAACCAUGACCUUCAACGUGAUUUAUUUUGAGUUGAUUCUA